CAUCUCCAGAAAGAGCAAGUGAGAAAGGGGAGGAAGAUUCAAAAAAGAGAGAGAAUUCGCGGAAACUCUACUCUAAUUUUGAUCCAUUCUUUCGACUCUGUUCAAACCCCACCUUGUCUCUUCUCACUUGUAUAUAUCUUACCCAUUAUAUAUUCUCAACUGCUCUUCAUUUACCCUGUACUCAUCACUUAAAUUUGUUCUUUUCUUCUGUUGCUUUAAUAAUGGUGUAUCUUUGUUAGUGCUCUCUGCUUCUCUCUUGAGUUUGUCUCCACAGUUUGUUGAAAGAUAAUGGCUACUGACAAGCCCAGCUCUAAAGGGCAAGCAUGGUUUUGUACCACCGGCUUACCCAGCGACGUUGUUAUCGAAGUCGACGACAUGGCCUUUCAUCUCCAUAAGUUCCCUCUAAUGUCUAGAAGUAGGAAACUUCACCAGCUGAUAACAGAUCAGGAGAAUAAUCCAAGUAAUAGUAGACUCCAAAAAUUAGGCGAAGAUGAGGACGAUAACGACGAACAUCGUUCAGAGAUUGUCGAAGAAGAAGGUCUGGAGUACUGCAGUAUAAUUCUCCCGGAUUUCCCGGGAGGCUCGGAUACAUUUGAGAUUGCGGCCAAAUUCUGUUACGGAGUCAAAAUCGAGUUGACUACCUUGAACGUGGCUCCUCUCCGAUGCGCUGCGGAGUUCUUAGAAAUGACAGACGAGUACUCUGAAGACAAUCUCAUAUCGAGAACAGAGAGAUUUCUCUCCCAAUCUGUUCUCAAGAGCCUAAAAGACUCCAUCAAGACGCUGAAAUCAUGCAAGAUGAUAAUGCCUCAAGCUGAGAAACUAGGCAUUGUUAAUAGAUGCCUGGAAUCUGUUGCUAAAAGAGCUUCUACUACAGAUCCGUCACUUUUUGGCUGGCCAGUAAACGAACCAGCCUCAGCUUCGCAAACAGAUUCUGGUACAGGAAGACGAAGGACAAGCAAUACGUGGUUCGAUGAGCUUGGCGAUCUCGGUUUGCCUCUGUUUAAGCGAUUAAUUUCCGCCUUGAGAGCUCGAGAUCACACCAGUCCAGAUCUAAUUGAAGGUUGCUUAAUCGCUUAUGCGCAGAGGUACAUUCCAGGCAUAUCUCGUUCAAAUUGGAAGCAAUCGUCGUCUACUUCAUUACCUCCAUCACAAGAUGAACAACGAGAGCUUCUUGAAACAAUAAUCUCGAAUCUCCCACACGAAAAGAGGCUCGCAUCUUCAACCUCCGCAAUUAAAUUUUUAUUCGGACUACUGAGAACAGCAAAUAUAUUGAACAUUGCUGAGACUUAUCGCGACGCAUUGGAGAAGAAGAUCGGAUCACAACUCGAACAAGCCACACUAGACGAUCUUCUCAUACCGAGCUACUCGUACCUCAACGAAACGCUAUACGAUGUCGACUGUGUGGAAAGGAUAUUAGGUUACUUUCUGGAUGAACUUGAAAUCUCAAUGACACGAAACGAGGACGAACAAGACAACGAAAACAUAACACCGUCAGAAUUGAUGCUCGUCGGGAAACUGAUCGACGGUUACUUAUCGGAAAUUGCAUCUGAUGCUAAUCUCAAACAAGAUAAAUUUUACAAAUUUGCCAUAACUUUACCUCAUCAAGCCAGGCUGUAUGAUGACGGUCUAUACAGAGCGGUUGACGUUUAUCUCAAAGCGCAUCCAUGGCUAUCGGAAGCGGAGAGAGAGAAGAUAAGCGGAGUAAUGGACUGCGAGAAACUAACCUUAGAAGCGUGCACACACGCGGCACAAAACGAGCGUCUUCCUUUACGAGCAAUAGUUCAAGUACUAUUCUUCGAGCAGCUUCAGCUCCGGCACGCGAUCGUGGAGAUAUCUCCGGCACGGGGCGGCGGGAGGCUGAGGAACGGUGGGAGUCGCGAAGAAAAUGAAGUGAGGAACGUGACGUGGAGAGAGACAGUGAGAGAAAACGAGGUGAUGCGCGUGGACAUGGAUAGUAUGAGGACACGUGUCCAGGAGCUGGAGCGUGAGUGUUCAACGAUGAAAAAAGCGAUUGAGAAAAUACCAGAGGGAGGGAGUGGGAAGAGAUCGUUUGCGAGGAAGUUCGGGUGUAAGUUUAAGACGCAGGUGUGUGAUUCGCAUCAGUCGACGGCUGUAGAUACAAGAAAAGCCAAAAAUGGUCGACAUCGUGGUCAAUAAUGACAUUCGUAUUGUUUGUUUUUAUCAAGUUGAGGUUAAUGUUUAGCAGUUUUUUAAUGUGGGCGAGUAUACUUGAACAUAUAUCAAGUGCGGUACAGUUUAUUCAUGAUGAAUUAGAUUCUGCGUCGCUGAAAUGUGAGAGACUGUGUUCUAUCAA